GCAGAUUUGAGUAACUUUUCGAAUGUUCAGCGAAUACAUGUUUAUCAAAGCGUUGUUGCAUUAUGCCAAACGAGCGAGUCGAACGUCAGCACCACUGUCAUAGAGGCAAAUGGGCUCCUGACGAAAUGUUUGUAGACGCUAGCAGGCGAAUCGUUAGCGCCCUGCAAGCAAAACCGACUAAACACUAUUUGAAACCAUAAAUUGACCGGAUCGAGUAAUUCGGACCGCUUCUGUGUCAGCUCUCACUGACAAGAGACAUCCGAAAAACAAGAUUUCUACAAUGACAAUCUAAGCGUGAGAUUCAGUAAAGAAACACGAGAUGUACUGGAGUAAACUGUUUAACAUGGAUAUCCUCAAGGGUCCAUUGGACAUGCUCAAGAGUCCGUUGGGUUUGGGUGUCGUCGCUGGACUGGGCUGCGGGCUCGUCCUGGGUUGGCAGCUGCGAUCUUACUUGGGUCCGUCCCCAAAAAGGGCGAUGAAGGCCUUGGCGUUCGGCCUGAGCGAAGUGACGCCGAUGGAAGAUGUAGGGGAGUACAAGAUGGUUAUGGUAGUCCGCAGCGAUCUGAAGAUGACCAAGGGAAAGGUGGCAGCGCAGUGCUCCCACGUGGCCGUGGCAGCCUACAAACAGGUGCAACGCAGAAACCCAGAGCUCCUCAAAAUGUGGGAGUACUACGGUCAGCCCAAAAUAGUGCUCAAGGCCCCGGAUGAGGAUACAUUGAUUCAACUCAUGGGGCUCGCCAAGGAGAUGAGGCUGCCUGUGAGCCUGAUCCAGGAUGCGGGCAGGACACAAGUCCCCGCCGGCUCCCGCACAGUGCUCGGUAUUGGCCCCGGUCCGACUGAGCUCAUUGACACUGUCAGUGAAGGCUUGAGGCUUUAUUAAAGCUCCCUCUUAGUCUGUUGAAUGUCCUGUAUACACCCUCUGUACUGUAACAACUUGUGAUGCAAAUGUUUAAUACAAAGUAAAUGCAAUUACA